AUUUUGCGAGAGCAAUUGCCAUCGCCCCGAAAUGUGUUUUGCGUUAGUGUAGAAUUGUUUGUAUUGUGAUAGCUAAUUUAAUUAUGAUUUUUUGCAGUUCUUUAACACUGUGUCAUAAUAAAAUGGCAUAAUAAAAAUUAUAAAUUUAAUUUUGAGAUGUUACUGACCUAGCUGUCGGCCUAAUACAGCUGAUGGUAAAGAUGUCAGUAAGUGCAAGUGCUGAGAAUUUGUCCAGUGAUAAUCAGAGUUCAGGAGACGGGGGCAACAUGUGCCUAGAACUAGCGCUGGAAGGAGAGAGGUUAUGUAAAGCUGGAGAUUGCCGAGCUGGGGUGGCAUUCUUCCAGGCAGCAAUCCAGGCUGGUACAGACGAUCUUCGGACUCUGAGUGCCAUAUACAGUCAAUUGGGAAAUGCGUAUUUCUACCUGGGUGACUAUGUGAAGGCUAUGCAGUAUCACAAACAUGACCUCACACUUGCUAGAACAAUGGGGGACAAGCUGGGAGAGGCAAAAUCAAGUGGUAACCUUGGCAACACACUCAAAGUGAUGGGAAAGUUUGAUGAAGCUAUGAUAUGUUGCAAACGGCACCUGGAAAUCUCACAGGAAUUGAAAGAUAAGCUAAGCGAAGGCCGAGCCCUUUACAAUCUUGGGAAUGUGUAUCAUGCUAAAGGGAAGCACAUAGGGCGAGUGGGCCAGCAGGACCCAGGAGAAUUCCCAGAAGAUGUGAGAUCGUGUCUUCAGCAGGCUGUCAAGUACUAUGAGGAGAACUUGGAACUGAUGCGAGAAUUGAACGAACGAGCCGCCCAAGGUCGGGCGUGUGGUAACCUUGGCAAUACAUACUACUUGCUGGGAAACUUCCAGCAGGCAAUACAUUACCAUGAGGAGAGACUGAAGAUAGCCCGUGAGUUCGGAGAUAAAGCUGCAGAGCGACGAGCCAACAGCAAUUUGGGCAAUUCCCACAUCUUCCUGGGAGAGUUUGAAGCAGCUGCAGAGCAUUAUAAACGCACCUUGGUACUGGCACAAGAGCUGGGGGAUCGGGCAGUGGAGGCACAGUCCUGCUACAGUCUGGGCAACACGUAUACGCUGUUGCGUGACUAUCCAGUUGCUGUCGAGUAUCACCUGCGACAUCUCAUCAUCGCACAACAACUCGUGGACCGGGUGGGGGAAGGACGAGCGUGCUGGAGCUUGGGCAAUGCGCAUUCAGCAAUGGGCAACCACGAGAAGGCUCUGUAUUUUGCAAGCAAACAUCUGGAAAUAUCAAAAGAGCUGGGAGACCCCAUGGGCCAGGCCACUGCACAGAUGAAUGUGUCAGACUUGCGCAAGGUGUUGGGGCUGCCUGUUAGUGACCUGUCACCUGACAGCUUGGAAUUGGUGUCCCCUGGGCUCCAGAGAUACAGGGUGAGGAGGCAAAGCAUGGAACAGCUGGAUUUGUUUGAGCUGACCCCUGAUGGCAAGCAGAGGGCCAACACAUUACCGAGUGAUAUGGAGGCAGUGGUGGGGGCACAGAACAUGACUAAUGCCAAGAGUUCUGCCACAGAGGAUGCAAAGGCUGAUGAGGAGUCCUUCUUCGACUUGUUAUCACGUUUCCAGUCCAAGCGGAUGGAUGACCAACGGUGUUCUCUGACAGUAGCAGAGAGCAAAGAGAACACUAACUGUGUGCCAAACAGCAAUUACGUGCUGCCACGUAACAGCAGCGGUGCCAUGCAAGAUGACCUGCUAGACCUGAUCGCUGGCAUGCAGAGUAAACGAAUGGAUGAGCAGCGUGUUGCAUUGCCUCAUCUCCCUGGCUUGCUUCCACCAGCACAGAUGGGGGGUGAUGGGAGCACAACCCCAGAUGACACAUUCCUGGAGAUGUUGAUGAGGUGUCAGGGGUCACGUCUUGAGGACCAGAGAAGCUCUCUUCCUGGAGACGCAGACUCGGACACUAACCCACGCCCACCCACGCGUGGCCCGACCGUCCCAGAUGAGGACUUCUUCUCCCUUAUAAUGCGCUUGCAGUCUGGCCGAAUGGAGGACCAGCGUGCCACGGUACCAGCCCAGCCGCCUGCCGGCGAGAACCGGACCAACAAAAGUGCUGGUAGGAAGGACAAGAAGAAAUGAUUAAUGUUUUCUGCACCCAGCUCUGUUGACUACUAAGGUAGCAAUAGCUGAGGUGCAGAGCUGUAUGAACAGGUACAGUGGUCACAUGUUACACAGGAACUAGUUUCAUCAUUGUAGUUAUGUUGUUAUAUUGAAGCUUAUAAUCUUCCAAAACCUGUGCACUGGGACUGCCAUUUGUUGACAGUGAGGAGCAGCGUUUUACCCAGAACUGCGACGCUUGCUGUCUUUACAGCACAACGUGGCUCAGGUUCUACUCAUGAUACAUUGCCAUGUUUGUUUUGUAUAUUUCCAGGAAAUUAUUUUUAGUUGGUAGACUGUACAUAGGAAUAGUGUUAAUCAAUUUGAAUCUCCAUAACAGACACUGCACAUUGACAUGGCGUGAGAGCCGUGUUCUCUGUUGCUUUACCCGGUUCUUGUAGGUGUCCAAUUUGUCUUCUGUUCCAUUACAAGUGCCAAAUAACAUGUAGUCAGUGCAUUCACUACAGAAGCAUGAAGUAGGCGAGUGAAAAGUGGCUUACAUUGCAGAUGCUUGAUAGGAGUAAUGCUGAGAGUUGCCAAAGAAACAGCACCUCUUGUUACCAAGGUGUGAGGAUCAAAGCAGUCUGUCCAAAGAUGGAAGUUGUAUCCUUCUAUUUUUAUUAACAUAAUCUAGAUGGAACUUUGAAUUACAUUUUAGAUGCUUAUUACUUUCAAGUGUAUGGACUAUUAUCAUUUGAUAUUCUGUUGUAAGUACAUAAAUGACAUUGUAUUCACCAUCUUCCUACAUUGA